AUACUAACUGCAUUUGAAUUAUUGUAAUCACAUUUAAUCAUUUUACAAUGUUGAUACAAAGGCAAUUGUCUUUAAAUAUUUUUAAAUUUCAUUUUUUAAUGUACAUACUAUUAAACAUUUAGACAUUAAAUUACUAUUAAACUUUUUUUUUUUUUCAAAAAAUAAUGACAGAAACUAAUAAAGGAUUGUCAAAAGUACAUAUCUCAACAAUUGAAUGGGAUAUGAUGGAUAAAACUAAAUUUUUACCUUUAAGUAUGUUAAGUUCAUUUUGUGUACGUUGUUCUCUUUAUCCGCUGACAUUAAUCAAAACAAGACUUCAAAUUCAAAAACAUGGAGAAAUGUAUAAAGGAUUACUGGAUGCAGCUAAUCGUAUUUAUCAUACAGAAGGUAUGUCAGGACUUUAUCGUGGUUUUUGGGUAAGUUCUGCUCAAGUUUUAUCAGGUGCAGCCUAUAUUGGUGCAUAUGAACAAACUAGACAUAUGACAGCUCCAUACUUACAACAAUGGCCUGAAAUUAGAUCAAUGGUCGCUGGAGGUGUAGCAUCUGUUUUUGGUCAAACAAUAAUUGUACCUUUUGACGUAGUUAGUCAACAUUUGAUGAUGCUCGGUUUGUCAACUAACAAUGGAGAGAAGAAUAAAAUUAUAUAUUUUCGUCCACUUGGAAUUCAUUUAGAUAUUUCUAAAUCAAAAUUUCACACCACAUUAGAUAUUACUCGAUGUGUAUAUCAACAAGAUGGUUUUAAAGGGUUUUAUAGAGGAUAUGUUGCUUCAGUUUGUACUUAUGCACCCAAUAGUGCAUUAUGGUGGAGUUUUUAUACAAUAUUUCAAAAACAACUUGAGAAAAAAUGUCCAGUAAAUACUUCACUUUUAUUUUUGCAAAGUAUAUCGGGAGUUUUGGCUGGAUUUACUACAACAUUAAUCACUAAUCCAAUGGACACAAUUAGAGCUCGUUUACAAGUUCAAAGAACUAAUUCUAUCAUUCAGACAUUUAAUGUCCUUUGGAAAGAGGAAGGCGUGUUGAUGUUCACUAAAGGACUUUCUGCUAGAUUAGUCCAGUCAAUUUGUUUUAGUUUUACAAUUAUCUUAGGUUAUGAGAGUAUCAAGAGAGUCAGUGUACUUCAAGAGUAUAAAGAUCAGGUGCGAUGGUAAUAUGGAUCAAAUAAGAAUAUUCCGAUAAGAAUUUUUUUUUUAAUAAACCACUUGAUGACUUCUUAUAUUAUUGAUUCACAUUUGUUAUGUUUACGUUUAUGCUACUAUACAAAUAAAUUAUGACAUAUAGUUUUCAA